GGAUUCAAACUCCCGGAAGCGGAGGUGUGGUUGGGUGGAGGGGGAUUUAUAGCGGUGUUGUUGCCGCUGCCGCCCAGAACGCUUGGAGGAUGACAUCAAAGGCCACCAAAGAUAUAAUUACUGGCAAGUGGGGAUUCAAAUCUAGUAACUCCAAAUCUGAGACUGAGUUGGAGAAGUAUAAAAGAGACAAUGCAGCCCUCAAAAAGUCAGUGGAGGAAAUUAUUAAAGGGAAAAGCAAAAUGACUGAUACAGAAAGGAAUAGACUUUUAGAGAAAAUACUUGCCCUUGAAACUGAAAAGGAAAAAUAUAUCUGUCGACUUGGGGAGAAGGAAAAAGAAAUCCAAAGCCUACAAGACAAGCUUAAAACCAGAAAUAAAAGUAGUGAUGUCACUUCACUACUUGGUCAACUUGAAGAGAAAACAAAGGAAGCAGAGAGGAGAGAACAACUACUUAAUUCCCUGUCAGAAGAGAUGGACCGUUUGAAGCAUAAUUUAUCUACAGUUACUGCAAGAUGCUCUGAACUCGAAAACCGAGCCAGCACCUUCCAGUUGUCCCAGAAAGCUGUAAUGAACUGCACUGCAUCACCAAGUAAUCUUAAUGAAGUUGAAAAACAAUUGAAAGAUGCUCUGGAGAAAAACCAGCAGUGGCUGUUAUAUGACCAGCAGCGAGAGGCAUAUGUCAUGGGACUGUUGGCAAGGAUCUUUGAACUUGAGCAGCAGUUAGAAACAGUUAACCAACAGCAGGCAAAAGAGGCCACUGCAGAAGGUUACCUUCAAGAAGAAAAACAAAAAUAUUAUGACCAGCUUUUACUGACUGCCAAGAAUGAUCUUGACACUGAAAGACAAACUAUAACCCAGCUGAGAUCUGAACUUAAUGAAUUCAAAAAGAAAUAUGAAGAAACAAAACGAGAAGUAAUGAGUUUAAAUAGCUUAUUGCAGUCACAACGCAAUGUUGCUACGCAGACUCUAGAAGAUGAAAAUAAAAUCAAAGGAGAUAAAAUACAGAGGUUAAAGGAAGAGAAUGAAACUACCAGAGAAAAACUCAAAGAAGAAAAGAAGAAGACUGAAGAUCUCUUAUCUCAGGUCCAAUUUCUUCAUAAAUCUUUGUUCAAACAACAAGAACAACACACCAGGAUAGCUUUGUUGGAACAACAGAUCCAAAUGUGUACUGCAGAUUUUGAGAAUGAAAAGCUUGAUCGCCAGAGCUUGCAGCAUCAGUUGAAUAAAGUUCUUAAGGAGCUACGCAAAGCAAGGGAGCAAAUAACACGACUGGAGCCCUUGAAACUCCAAGAAUUUGGACGUACAGAGCCACCAAAUGGUUUGCAAGCAGCAUUCGAAGAUAUGUUGACAAUAAAAGACAAAAAUCCCUCACUGAAACGUUCAAAUCUACUUGAUGAAAGCUUCCUUGAGUGUCCCAAAUGUAAAGUACAGUAUCCAACAAGCCAGCAUAGAGAGUUACUAGCUCAUAUUGAUUUCUGUGCAGAUUAA